CUGCCAUUGCCAACCUCCAAGUGUUGCAGCUUGGUUACAAUCAGUUGACAGGCAGCAUACCUCCCCAGCUGGGCAACCUGAAUAAGCUAACCGUGCUCGCGAUGCAGUCUAAUCAGCUUGAUGGAGCCAUUCCGGCAACCCUUGGUGAGCUAACACAGCUGAGACGGCUUGAUUUGAGCUUCAACAGCCUGUUUGGUUCAAUCCCAUCCAAGAUUGCUGAGGUUCCAUUGCUUGAGGUCUUUGAUGUUCGCAACAACACCCUUUCUGGGAGUGUCCCUGUUGGAUUGAGGAGACUGAAUGGUGGCUUCCAGUAUAUGAAUAACAAAGGGCUUUGUGGCGCUGGCUUCAGUUUGCUAGAGCUUUGCCUUUCUUCAGAGGAUGGCCUGAAGCCCAGCAAGCCCGAGCCUUUUGGACCAGACGGUACUGUCAAGACAAGGCAGGUGCCUCAAUCAGCAAAUCCAGACGGCUGCUCAGGCGCUAGCUGCUCAAAGUCCGCAAACGCGUCCCAAGGAGUUCUUAUCGUCGCUGUUGUCGCGGCGGUGAUCGGUGCUGCAUUUUGCGGUUUAUUUGCGUUCUCCUGGUACCGCCGGCAGAAACAGAAGAUCGGAAGCUCGCUGGAGGUUUCUGAUAGCAGGCUCAGCACCGACCAUUUCCAGCAGAAGGAAGCCUGCAGAAGGAGCGCCUCUCCUUUGAUCAGCGUCGAGUACUCGAACAGCUGGGACCCGUUGUCUGCAGGUGGGGCUGGUGUUGGAUCACCCGGUCAAGUAGUUGGUGAUAGCUUCAGAUUCAACCUAGAGGAGGUAGAGUGCGCGACGCAGUACUUCUCCGACGUGAACUUGCUCGGGAAGAGUGGCUUCGCCGCCGCGACGUACAAAGGGAUCCUUCGGGAUGGAUCGGUAGUCGCUGUCAAAAGCCUCAGCAAGACGAGCUGCAAGCAAGAGGAGUCGGAUUUCCUGCGUGGUCUGAAGAUGCUCACCCUCCUACAGCACGACAAUCUUGUCAGCCUGAGGGGAUUCUGCUGCUCCAGGGGGAGAGGGGAAUGCUUCCUCGUGUAUGACUUCAUGGUUAAUGGCUGCCUGUCGCGGUAUCUGGACGUCAAGGAUGGUUCUUCCGGUGCUACCGUUCUUGAUUGGCCUACAAGAGUUUCCAUCAUCAGAGGCAUUGCGAAAGGAAUUGAGUACCUCCACAGCAAGAAGGGCAGCAAGCCACCGGUGGUGCACCAGAACAUAUCGGCCGACAAGAUCCUCCUUGACCACCACCUGGCGCCGAGGCUCUCGGUGCCGGGGCUGCACAAGCUCCUCGCAGACGACGUCGUCUUCUCGGCCCUGAAAGCGAGCGCCGCCAUGGGCUACCUCGCGCCCGAGUACGCCGCCACGGGCCGGUUCACGGACAAGAGCGACGUCUUCGCGUUCGGGGUCGUGGUCCUCCAGGUCCUCACGGGAAGGAGGGACGUCUCCCAGCUGAAGGUCGGCGCCGCCGCUGUCAGCGACCUCGGCGGCCUGGUCGACGCGAACCUCGACGGCGCGUUCUCGAGAACGGAGGCGGCGAGGCUGGCGGCUGUUGCUGCGUAUUGCACGAGCGAGACGCCAGGUCAGCGGCCGACCAUGGAGGCCGUGGUUCAGCAGCUCAGCAGCACCCAGUGAGUGAGUGAGUUACAAGCUGCUGCCGAGGUGUAGUGUCUAGCGAAGUAGCGAGUGAGUCGUGUGAUGACACGGUGAUGGAAUGGAAGCUAGGCUGGCUGGGUAUUGCGGUCAGAGAUGAUGGAUUGUGGGAGCGAUGGUAGUGAACUGAUGUUUUGUAAUGACGGGGCAAUGACCCAGUUGCCACUUACAUGCUAGUGGAGUUUUGAUUAUUGUAGUUAACCAGUCUACUGAUCGUUGUAUUUGAUGACCCAGUUCCUAAUGUGUAUUAGGUUCUGAAUUUGAUAAGCAUGUUUGUUUGGCUCUAAUAUGUAUUGCCUUAUAUAAUUUUU